AAAAACUUCCCCCAUCUUUAAACUCUCUAUUCUUUCAGCUCACUUUGAGGGCCUAUUUCUCAACAACCCUAAUUCUUAAGCUUGUUCGGCUUUAUAAGCUACCCGUAGCUGGAAUGGGAAACUGUUUGAGACGCGAUUCCUCGAUGGUAUGGGACGGAGACGACGACUGGAUUGAUGUUUCUCAGCUUGAGCCUGAUGCUAAAAUGGCACACAACCCAGAAAGGCAUAGGCUUCUUGGCGAGAUAAGAUCAUAUUCAUCAUCUGCAGCCUCAACACCUUCAUUUUCUACUAGCACUAGUAGUACUGGAGGAGAUCAAGUGAAGAUCAAGAUGACUAAGAAGGAGCUGGAGGAGUUGGUAAAAGGAGGAGGAAACAUGCAGGGUCUGUCGUCUGUGGAACAGCUAUUGGCUCAGCUCGGGAUCAACGGCCUUGACGAUCAUGAUCAGUACUAUGAUGAUCGUGAUGAGUUGGACCAUCAUCGGCCCUGGAGGCCUGUUCUCCAAAGUAUUCCGGAGGUUAAUUAGUUCAUCAUUCAUAUCACCAUGCGUGUUUGAACGGUGAUCAUGAUCAGAAAUACCUCUAGACGAUAGAAUUUAGGUCUGAAAUUAAAAUUCUUUUGUUACGAUUCUUUUUUAAUUCAUACUUUCUUGUAUGUUGAGAUUCAAAUUUUUUUAUAUUUUAUGGUCUAUGUACAUGUGAAGAUGAAUAUUUCUUUUCUUAUUUA